GGAGCUCAUUGAUGGUGGUGAUUGUCGGCUUCCCCUCAUUCUCGAGCGCCUCUAUUCUCAUCCAAGACGAAGAAACGUCAGAAUCGUGUUUUCUGUAUUCUCUUCAAACCCUUUUAUCGCCGCAUUAUUCAUCAUCAUGGGUUGGCUCUGGGCUUCGCCAUCUCCUCCCAAGUCUCCGGCUCCGGGACAAGCUUCACAAGCUCCGGCAUCGACCCCGCCACCAUCGACCAAGUCGACAGAACCCGAGAUCGACCCCGAGAUUUCAAAGUUCCUUGCCCUGUUCCAAACCGACACAGACAACAACAAGCCAGAGCAACCAGCUCCGGCACCGGCGCAAGCACCCGCAGCGCCCUCCAAGUCAUCAUCACCAUCCUCCUCAUCAUGGUUCUCCCUCAAAUCCUCCCCGAACAUGCCAUCCCAAACCAACAACCGCACGACCGCGCCACCCUCUGACAACCCAGUCGCCGAAGCCACCCUGCCGACCGAGAUGUCUUGCCGCCAAGCCUUUGACAUGGCCUUCCACUGCCAGUCCGUCGGCGGCCAGUGGAACCACAUCUACCGAUACGGCACGAUGCGUUCGUGCAGCGAACACUGGGAGGACUUUUGGUUUUGCAUGAGGAUCAAGGGAUACUCGGGCAAGAUGAAAGAGGAUGUGAUCAGAGACCACUACCGCCAGAAGGAAUAUGAGAAGUAUGGGAACGGGAAGCCGAGCAGCGAGGACGUCUGGCAGGCGAGGACUACCAAGGUUCCGCCUGGCACCGCCUUUACUGAAAAGUUUGACGAACCCACACUGGACGAUGAGGAAUGGCAGAGGAUGGAAAUCGAGAGGCGGCGGCAGAUCAGGGAAGGUUUGGGAAUCUAAACAGCGUGAUGUGUUGCAUAAGGACUUGUUCUUUUUUUUUAAACGUUUAUUAUUGUUUAGUAUCAUUACCAUGAUUUAUUACAAACCGAUCAGCAACAUGUCACAACAUCAAGAAGACAGAUAAUUUUACUCGUUGUAUUGGGGCUUCCUAAA